GGCAGAUGCCUGGGGCUGCUGGUGGCUGAGGGGGGCCCCUAGGCCCACUCUGUUCACAAGUAGGGUGAGCGGGGACUCUCCCAGCACAGUGGGGGGCAUUCUAGCCUCCCUCCAGGCCCCGAUGGUGCCACGUGUGUGACCCUUUGUGGGAUUCGGACCCCUCAGGCGUCUGUCCACCACGGGACCAGCUCAGGGUCAUUUUGUAACCUUGUGCAGUGGCCUUGGUGACAUUCUGGGAAAGCUCAGGCCACGUCAGGGGUGGAACCACUGCCUAGAACUUUGAUCGGCGCUGGGGGUGGCUUCCGCUGGCUACAGGCUACACAGGACGCCCUUCUGCUCUCAGGAAGAGCUGGGUCGCCAUCCCCACCACUGGGCCCCUCACGAUGAUGCCCAAUGGUGCCUGGCUGUGCUGGGCCUCCCUUCUGCUCCUGGUCAGGCCCACCCAGCCCUGCCCCUCGGGCUGUGACUGUUUCGUGCACAAGGUUUUCUGCUCCGAUGAGAACCUGGCCGCCAUCCCGCCAGACGUCCCCCCGGGUACCACAGACCUGGUCUUCGUGGAGACCUCGUUCCUCGAGGUGGGGCCCUGGGCCUUCAGCAGCAGCCCUAACCUCACCAAGCUGGUCUUCCUCAACACCCAGCUGUGGCGCUUCGAGCCUGACGCCCUCAGGGGGCUGCCCGGGCUGCGGGACCUGGAGGUCACCGGGAGCACCUUCACCCUCAGCGACCACACCUUCGCCAAUCUGACCUCUCUGGGCCAGCUCACCCUGAGCUUUGAUGCGCUGGACGCCCUGCCUGAGGACCUGUUCCUCGGCUUGGACGCCCUGGAGUCCCUCCAGCUGCAGGGCAACCAGCUCCAGACCCUGCCCUGGCGGAUCUUCCGGCCCCUGCAGCAUCUGAAGUCCCUCGACCUGGGCCAGAACCACCUCGCCUGGCUCCCAGAGGGGCUGCUCUACCCCCUCUCCAGCCUGCAGUCCCUGAGGCUCAGUGACAACCGGCUGUCCCAGGGCCUCCGUCCGGGCAUCUUCGCCCACCUGGGCAGCCUGCAGGAGCUCUUCCUGGAUGGCAACGCCAUCCGAGAGCUGCCCCCGAGGCUGUUCUCGGGGCUCUUCCACCUGGAGAGGCUAUGGCUGCAGCACAACGCCAUCCACCACCUGCCCGCCACCAUUUUCUCUGACCUGCGCAACCUAACAGCCCUGAGCCUGCAGGGCAACGCGCUGCAGACACUUCCCGCUGGCCUGUUCACCUGCACCCCGCACCUGCGCAGCCUGUCCCUGUCCCACAACCAGCUGGUGAUGUUUGCGGAUGGUGCCUUUGCCAACCUGUCCAGCCUAGAGUUCCUUGCGGCCUCACACAAUGCCAUUGCACAGCUCCCAGCCGGGCUCUUCCGGGAUCUGCAGGCGCUGCUCCAGCUGCACCUGGGCAGCAACAACCUGACAGCCCUGCCCUCUGGGCUCUUCCACAACCUGUCCAGCCUUGAGCUGCUCAACCUCUCCCGGAACCAGCUGAGCACGCUGCCUGCUGGCCUCUUCAACACCAACUACAACCUCUUCAACCUCGCCCUGCACGGCAACCCAUGGCACUGCGACUGCCACCUGGCCUGGCUCUCAGGGUGGCUGCGCCUCUGGAGCGACCAGUUGCUCCACACCCGCACCUACUGUGCUAGGCCUGCCCACCUGCGAGGCCAGGUGGUGCCCACCUUGAGGGAGGAGCAGCUGGUGUGCCCCGUGUCCGGGCACCCAGGGCCGGACCACAGACUGGCCGGGGUAGGCUGGGACGCAGUGGUGGCUGACAGGGCGGCCCGGAGCCGGUGUACCUACAGCAACACAGAGGGCACAGUGGUGCUGGCCUGUGACGAGGGCCAGUGCCGCUGGCUGAAUGUCCAGCUGUCCCCCCGGCAGGGUGAGGGCUUCCUGGCGAUGAUGUUCAAUGCCAGCCAGGGGUGGGACCUGAAGUCCAGCUGUGGCUCUGUGAGGGUCACCGUGUCCCUCAGGGCUCAGGCAGUGGGGCCCUAGGGGCACAGAGCCGGGAGCCUGGGCAGGUGGGGGCAGAGGAGCGGAGUCCUUGAAGCUCUGAGGGACGCGGCCGCAUCUCCAGGGUGGGAGGUGGAGUCUGGUCCCCUCCCUUCUUCCCUCACCGGCCCCCUCUCAGAGUCUGAACACCCUUGAGAGCUGCUCUGAGGCCACAAUACCCCCGCCAUCCAUCCCCCUCUCCAGGUCCCGGUCCACGGUCCCCCACCGGCACCCAGCCCAGCAGGAUGGUCCCCACAAUCCCAAACACCCCGGAGUCUCCAUGCUUCUGACACCCAGUUCAAAAGCCAGGGUCUGUUCAGAUUUCUUUGUUCUAAUUGGAUGCGGAGGAUAAAUGAGGACAAUAGGGGCAGAGGGGGCUCGGAGCUGGGGUGUGGCCUGGAUUCCUGUGGGGAAUCCUGUCCACCAUCCACCUCCUCCGCUGCAUCCAGGAGAAACCAAGGCAAGCUGGUACCGUGGGAGGGCCAGCCCAGUCCGGGCCUUGGUGACCCGAAAGCCCCAAGGACGGUAGUGGCUGCGCCAGGUGGGCACUGAGAUGGCGGCUCCCUGAGGAGGGAGAAGAGCCCCGGAGACACGGAAGCAGCAGCAGGGGUGGCCUGCUGUGGUCCUUGGCUUGCCCGAUGUCCCUGGACACCCGCACCCCGUCUCCAUGUGGGGCUCUGACGCCAGCGUCUGAGCCAAGCUCUGUCCCCACUCCUCCGCGGGCCCUGGCUGAGCACUUUCCUGGCCGCCCUCCCCUCAUCCGGAAGGCUGGCUCCAGCUUCCAUGGCGCCUUCUUCAGCCCUACUUGGUGCCCUGGACCACACCAAGGCGCAGGCUUCCUGGGUGGAGGGAGAGACGGCCCGAGGUACAGCGGCCGGCUGCAGCUCAGAGUGUGGGGAGACACAGAGAGAAGACACAAAGCAGGGGUCUCAGGGAGCCUGGCCUCCUGUGACAGGAGUCCUAGGGAACCGGCAGUCUGUCCCGGCCAGAGGCCAGGGCUGGGCUCAGCCGGGAGGGCACAGGCAACCUGGGCAGGAGGGCUGGAGAUCUACACAGGCAGGGCAGGGCCAGGCUGCCCGGGCUGGGGGGCGGGGACAGGGCUGGGGCCUGGGCGCCAACUCUGGGGUUCAGGAAGGGCGCUCAGCCGUGUGUGCAAGGCGGGCAUCCCCGCUGGUGCAGUUGUUCUGCAGGGUCUGUCGGGGCAAAAGACAGGCAGGACCUCUUCAGCCAAGAGGGUGGGACACUAAGGAGAAAGCCUAGCCACACACACAGGUGGGUGCAGAGCCCUGACCAGGAACCACAGAAUUGCAGCAGAAACACAGAUUGGUGCAAGCACUGUAGAAAUUGGGGUGGAGAUUCCUCAAAGAACCAACAUGAGAAAUUCCAUUCCACCCAGCUAUUCCCCUUCUAGGUGUCUUCCGGAAAGAGUUAAAGGCAUCCUAUUACAGUGAUCCAUGCACACCCAUUUUUAUAGCAGCACAAUUCAUAACAGCUAAAUCUUGCAAAUAGCCCGUAUAUCCAUUAGCAGAUGAGUGGCUAAAGAAAACGUCAUAUUUACACCCAAUGGAGUACUACUCUUCCACGAAGAAGGAUAAACAGGGUGGGGGAUUUAGCUGAGUGGCACCGAGCCUGCCUUGCAAGCUCAAGGUCCUGAGUUCAAUCCCCAGUACCAAAAAGAAGGAUAAACUUGUGUCAUUUGUAGGAAAAUGGCUGCAUCUUGAGACCCUAGGUUAAGUGAAAUGAAUCAGACACACAAGUUUAAAUAUGGUUUAUUUUAUAUAAGAAACCCAAAGUAUAAAUAAGUGAAUGAACAAAAUAAAAAGCAGGCAAUAGGAGACAGAGAUAGAUCUUUCGCAAAAGGGAAGGGGAUCGAGAGAUGAAGGGAGGGAAGGGGAUGAGAAGGAACUUCGAUGUGUUACACGCCUGCACCAACUCUUCACAAGGCAUGUGGUCACUGCACUGCAAAAAUAAAGCUGAGAAAUGAAAGUA